UUAUUAUAUGCCCAAAGAUUUUUUAGUAAUUAGCAUUGUGCACAAGACCAUUUGCGUGCAGAACUGGCUUCCAUUUUACUCGUGUCUUUCGAGUGAGUCGUACGUAUUUCAUUCUCUUGCAAUUAUGCCAGUAUCUACUAAAGUUGAUUUGUUAUAAGAGUUUGUGUAUGUUACAAGUUAAGUUUUAAAGUUUUUCUGCCGUUGUAGUCAUCAAUUUAUGAUUCAUCACUAUUGAGUUAAUAAAUCAAAUCAAGCAAUAUGGCUACCUAUCAUCAUCAUGGCCGAGGCGGAAAACGACUAGUCGAUAGGACACCACAAGUACCAAUGGUUGACGUGGAAAGCAUGAGUCCUAGUGAACGAAAGAUAUACGAACAAGUGAUGGAAGGGUAUGAGAAACAUAGGAAAGAAAUGGAUGAAUUGAUGGCAAAUGCGAAUAAGCUCCUGUAUAACUCAUCUAGCCAAAUCACUCCUGAAAUGCAGAUUAAAACAACUGAGGAUACAGAUAUGGAAACUCAUGAUGACGGCCAAAACUUGGAACAGAAAAACGAAAGGACAACCACGGAUACAGAAAGCACAGCAAAAACAAAUACAGAACCCCCUCCAAAAAAGCGAAAAAAGAAGAAGAAAAAGCAAAACAAAGCCAAAAAUACUGAGGAUACGCAAAUCACGAAUGCAGAAAGCUCCACUUCUUCACCAAUAGCUGCCGCCACCUCCUUGCCACAACCUGAUGCAAUAGUCAACUCCUACAAAGCUCCGCCCAUAGAAGUUGCCACAGUUCCGCCCACAACUUCAGAAACUGUUCAACCAGUCAAGCACAUAAAAGUUCUGGUACGUGGAUGCGAUGUCCCGGUGAAAAUAGAAAGGUUCCGUGGAGGAAACAGUCCAACCCAAUGUUUCAAUUGCCAAAAUUUUGGUCACACUCAAAGAAAUUGCUGUUCACCUCCCAGAUGUGUUAAAUGUGCCGCGGGUCACCGAUCCUAUUUGUGCCAAAAGGACAUCAACAUACCACCAAAAUGCUGUAACUGUGGUGAAGCACACACUGCUAACUACACGGGAUGCAGCAUCCGUCCCCCCAGGAGGGGCCAUCGUGUUACUCCAGCUACAGUUCCCACUACAAAAGCAGGCAAAGCUCAUAGACUGGUCUCAAUUUUAAAAGAACUACAAGAACUACUAAAAGACAGAGAACUUUUUCAACUACUGCAAUCAAUUAUGUCCUCUUCUGAAUAAUGUCUCUCUCUGAUCUGUACAUAGAACUCUAUUAUACUGAACUUUGAACUGGUAAAUUUAUCAACACGAAAUUAAAUACUGUUUAUUGCCACGCUAGAUGGCGCCACUAAGGUAAUGAAAACUUAUGCUAAAACUUCA